AUGUCUGUUCAGCAAUACGAUAUGUCGAGUUUAGCUCAUAGGUUAAAAGCACGUUUGACACUGGCAAAUUUCAAACGUGAACAUGGUUAUGAAAAUGUGGAUUUACAUACACUAGAAUCUAGUCUAUUCGAACGCGUACCAACAAGACCUUCCAAUCCCUUAACAAAAUUAAAUAUUCACGAUAAGAAACGAAAGCGUCUGUUAUCACACCAUCGAUUCUAUCCUACUUCACCACCACUUUACAGUCAUGAUCGUACCAUCAAACACCACGCGCCUCGAUCACCUAGCCAUGUGCCCAUAUCAGAUACAAGACUGCGGCCAUAUGAGAAAAGAAAAUUAUCGGCAACACUUUCUUCUGAUGACGAGGAUGCUGCGCACUUAUUAGUCAUGAUGCACCAUAGCCCUACAAUGUCAUAA